AAAUAAAAAAUCCAAUUAGGCAAUUCUAUACAGAGGAGUUUCAAAAUUGAGCCUCAGGAUUCAAUCCCCAAAUUCUAAAACCCUAACGAUGUGAUGUCUGAUCGGGAAGGCAUGGAUAACGAGAUCGAAGAAAAACAAGCAGAAAAUAAUGACGACGACGGUAAUUGCGAUAACACGAUUAUCGCGUUCACCGGGAUGAAGGCAAGCAGCGGGAAGGAGAGGCGGAAGUUAGCCAAGAAGGAGAGGAGGAAGAAAAAGAGACGGGAGAUGGCAGAAUUGGCGCUCCGGGAGGAGGAGGCUCGGCUUAACGACCCCGAAGAAGUGAUGAGGCUUCAAGCUGAGGAGGAGCAGGAAAAGUUGAGACUGGAAAAGGAAUGGAAGGAAUUCGAGGAGAGGGAGAGGAAGAUUAUGGAAGAAUGGGACAGGAGAAAGGCGGAGGAGCAGACGGAGGAGGAGGAGAGAAGAAGGAAAGCUGCAGAGGAAGAAGAACACUCGAAACAAAACCUGGUUGGAGAUGAAAAUGAAGAAGAUGAAAAUGGCUGGGAGUAUGUGGAAGAUGGGCCUCCUGAGAUUAUUUGGCAGGGCAAUGAAAUUAUUGUCAAGAAGAAAAGGAUCAGGGUGAAAAAGAAGGAUAAAAGCCAACAUAUUGCAGAAGAGGAUCCAAAUAGACCCACAUCAAAUCCUCUACCCCCACAGUCUGAAGCUUUUGCUGAUUAUAAGAAUCUUUCAGCUCAAGAGCUACUGGAAAAUGUUGCUCAGGAGACUCCCAACUUUGGAACGGAGCAGGAUAAAGCUCAUUGUCCAUUCCACCUUAAAACUGGAGCAUGUCGAUUUGGUUCACGUUGUAGCAGAAUUCACUUUUAUCCUGACAAGUCCUGCACGUUGCUAAUUAAGAACAUGUACAAUGGCCCUGGCCUUGCUUGGGAGCAGGAUGAGGGUCUUGAGCACACAGAUGAAGAAGUUGAACGUGCCUAUGAAGAGUUCUAUGAGGAUGUGCACACAGAGUUCUUGAAAUUUGGGGAGAUUGUAAAUUUCAAGGUAUGCAGAAAUGGCUCAUCUCAUUUGCGGGGAAAUGUCUAUGUGCACUAUAAGUCAUUGGAUUCUGCUGUGAUGGCAUAUCAAUCAGCGAAUGGACGAUAUUAUGCAGGGAAACAGAUUCAAUGUGAAUUUGUUGGGUUAACAAGAUGGAAGGUUGCUAUAUGCGGAGAAUUUAUGAAAUCAAGGCUUCAGACAUGUUCUCGCGGAACUACCUGCAACUUUAUUCAUUGCUUUCGGAAUCCUGGUGGAGACUAUGAAUGGGCUGAUUGGGAUAAACCACCUCCGAAAUAUUGGCUGGCAAAGAUGGCUGCGUUGUUUGGUAAUUCUGAUGAAUAUGGAUAUGACAGAAAUUCGGAGCAAGGAAGCCCAAGAUAUAUCCAUAGUUCCAGCAGAAUUUCCACCGAUGAUACUUGCAGGCACUGGUCAAGGAGAUCACAGUCUAGGGAAAUCUACGAAUCGAGAAGAUCAAGAAAGGACUCCGAGGAUAAUACUCGAAGCAGCGCUCAUGGGCAGCGCCAUAGAAGGGCUGACAGAAAGCCACUAGAAAUUCUAGAUGAGGAUGCAUCUAAUUUCAGAGAGAGGCAUCACAGUAAGAGCAGAAAAUCCGAAUACCAAAGUGGUAAAAGUGGCGGGAUGAACAUGCACCGUGACAAUGGUGACAGUGGUAGUGAUAGCGACCACUAUGAUCACCGUGUGCACAAAAGGACGACACGACACAGGGAGAAACAGCACAAGAAAAGCCAUGGCGCCGGAUCAAAGGAGCAGUGGCUUGAGCAAGUAUCUGUAUCUCCAGAUUAUUGGUCAGUUGAGGAACGAGAUAAAUCUCCAAGGAAACAUGAUUCUGAGGAAUUCGAAUAUAGAAAGACCACAAGAAGUACUCGUCACGAAAAGCACCCCAACGUUAGGGGUGAGCUUGAGAAACAUCACGGCAGUCAUCUCAAGAAAUCAUCGAAAAGAAAGAGAGAUAAAGACAGCAAAUUAAAAUCUGAAGGUCACGUAUCAGACAACAAUAUUGACAAGAGAGACCGUUGGGAACCUGAUAUAGAUGAACCUGCAGAGGUAGAAUGAGUUUGACAUGAAAAUAAAACAGUUUAGUACAGUUUUUGAGAAAAAUAACACGUUUUUAUUGGACUGAGUAAACUCUGCUUUUGUUUUGGUGUUUGUUUGAGGGAUUGGAUUUUGAGUUCAGAUUUGAAUAGUAAAAGUUUUGUA